CUCGCUCUUGCUCAGGCUUAUCCUGUGACUUUCUGUGUCCCAGCUUGUCUCAAGACCAGGGAUGGUCUGAUUUAUCUCUGUAGCCUGUGCAUCUAAAACAGAAGAGGCAAAUACUCAGUAUUAAGUCCCCCUAGCGAUGAGCAGUAUGUGUGUUGGGGAUAAGGGUGAGGAGGUCAGAUAGGCCAGGCCCUGCUAGCGAGAAUCCCAGAAAUACAAUUUUUCUCCGGGAAACACACCCCCUCCCCGCCCUCCAGUGGACUACAGCUCUCAGAAGGCAGAGACAUGGACUACAACUCCCAGAAGGCCACGCGACCAUGUAGCCUGCCAGUUCUCUUGAGGCUGCGCGCCAGUCAGAUUCAGUGGGAGGGGCGGCCGAAAUACCGCGAUAUUUGGGGGGCAGCCCGGAGACACGCCUGGCGCUGAUCCUAAAUCCUGACUGAGCUUUGUGGAGCCUAGGCCGGCAGGUUCCCAGAAAUCAAAGCCACCAGACCCCACAUGGAACCACAGGCCUCAUGUUCAGCUGCCGCACCCUUGACGGAGAGAAAAUUCCAUGUUCUCGUGGGUGUCACUGGGAGUGUUGCAGCACUGAAGUUGCCUCUUCUGGUGUCACGGCUUUUGGAAAUUCCUGGGCUGGAAGUAGCAGUGGUCACAACUGAGAGAGCCAAACAUUUCUACAGCCCCCAGGACGUUCCUGUCACCCUCUACAGCGAUGCUGACGAAUGGGAGAUAUGGAAGCACCGCUCUGACCCUGUCCUUCACAUUGACCUGCGGAGGUGGGCAGACUUCAUGCUGGUGGCUCCUCUUGAUGCCAACACUCUGGGGAAGGUGGCCAGCGGCAUCUGUGACAACUUGCUUACCUGUGUCAUCCGGGCCUGGGACCGCAGCAAGCCCCUGUUCUUUUGCCCGGCGAUGAACACCGCCAUGUGGGAGCACCCCAUCACCGCGCAGCAGGUGGACCAGCUCAAGGCCUUCGGCUACGUUGAGAUCCCCUGUGUGGCCAAGAAGCUGGUGUGUGGAGACCAAGGUCUGGGGGCCAUGGCUGAGGUGGGGACCAUUGUGGACAAAGUGAAAGAAGUCCUCUCCCAGCACGGUGGCUUCCAGCAGAAUUGAACUGGGAUUUCUGUCACGUGUGUCCCUUUGUACUCAGCGUGGGUUCAAGCCAAGCUGGUGAAGAAGAUGGACACUGGUACCAUAUGAUGAGGGUUCCUCCCUUUGCUGAGUGGGGACCUGACCUGGGUCUGCUCUGAGCCUCCCAGGGGCUGGACCUGCUGCAGGUUAAACUGCACCAACGGCCCAGCUCCCAGCUUCUCUCAACCAGGAGAUGCUACUGCAUGGAGUCCCUGCCCACCUUUUCCUGCGAUGGGUACAGCAAGUCAGGUGAGCAAGCUGCCAUGCUGUCCUCACGGGAGGAGGACUGAGAGAUGGGAAACCUCACUUCUACGUCUCGUCCAGAAGUGCCACAACUGGAGAGCCCUGGCUGAGCUGUGAGAGCUUUGGCCCUUUGGUGGGGUGCUCAGCUACCAGAGUCAGAGAAGCCUGUGAACUGGCAGGACUCUGAGGCUUUGUGCAGACCAUGCCAUGAGAUUGGGGUGCUAAGAAAUAAAGAAAAUACCCAUGCCCAUUU